GUUUUCAAUGUUUGGAAUAGUUUGAAUAUGCAAAUUGAUUUUAGAUGGUACCUAGACAAAAUUAUAGUUUGCGAAUCAUUCGAAAUGAUUUUUGGAGUAAAAAAAGUUAAUAAUCCAGAAUGAAAAUUCUGAACCAGCUGGCAACAUUGUGACACAGCUGUAAGCUGAAGUAAGCUCUCUACUGUGAUUGUGAUAAAAAAUGUAAGGUUAUAUGAAAUGUAUCCCGCUCCCGCUCAGGCGCUCAGUCGGCAGUCGCUCAUAUUUUCAUAAAUCUCCUAAUUUAUGCUCCUCUAAUCCCCCUCUAACAACCUCCAACCUCCGACCAUGAAGAUAGAGGAUUCACAACUUUACAAUCACAAGAUAAAGUAUAUUUCAUUUGAUUUGGACAAGAUUGUGCAAGUUCAAGUUCAAAUUUAGUUGGGUUGGGUUUCUUGUCAUUAUCAAGAUUGAUAAUAAUUUAAGAUUGUUUCAUUUUAACUUUAUUGCAGCGAGGUAGAUCAAGAUAAUUUGUCUAUGCUUCGAUUUUAUAAACAAAAAAUCUUCAUUUCAUUUUCAGUCUCUAGCCAGUAUCCAGCUCAUAAUAAUAAUAAUAAUAAUAAUAAUAUGGACAAUUUAGAUGGAAAUUGCAUUGGCAGAAGUGGUAAUAAUAGAAAUUACAAUGACUCUCCUGAUAGUCCUGAUUUCAGUCCUGAUACAAAUAGUCCAUUGCCAAGAGGUACAGCUCUUAUGUCCUCCAGCAGAGAUGCAAUGUAUUACAAUAUGAAUCGUAAAAUAAGAGGAUUGGCCUUCAUAUUCAAUCACCAAAAAUAUGAGGAUCCAGUAGAAAAUCCGGAACGCAAGGGUACUGAUGUUGAUGCCAGAAAACUGGAAUCUUGUUUCAGAAAAUUGGACUUUGAUGUACAUCUUUUCAAUGAUCUCAGAUUGGAGGAAAUUGAGUUCCAAGUUGACUUUGCUGUCCAAACUGAUCACAACAAAUAUGACUGUUUUGUAAUGGUGGUUCUUUCCCAUGGAGAUGUGGACAAGCUUAGUGCAAAAGAUCAAAACUACAAUCCUAAAGAAGUUCUUUUUGAUAGGUUCACGUCUGAUAAGUGUCUGUCUCUAGCAGGUAAACCAAAACUGUUUUUCAUACAAGCAUGCCAAGGGGGUGGUUUGGACUAUGGAAUCAGACUAGUGGACCGAAAAAUAUCCAGAACUGAACACGAUGGACUAAGAAGUCCCUACAGAAUUCCAGUUUUGGCAGAUUUUCUCAUAAUGUAUGCCACAUGUGAAGGUCAAUAUGCUUUUCGCAAUACUCAUACAGGGUCCUUUUUCAUCACAGUUCUGUGCGAAGAACUUGGCAGGCUGUCUCAUACAGAAAACUUGCUGACAAUUCUCACUGUCGUUAUACGUCGAGUUGCUGUCGAAUUCGUUAGUAACAACGAGAUAUAUAAGGAUUAUCAUGAUAGGAAACAAGUUCCUUAUUUCCAUAGUGCCUUGACCAGAUUGGUCCGUUUCCAAAGAGAUUAUAUACUUGACAAUAAUAAUGGACAACCUGGAGCUGAAUUUAUUUCCACAAAGAGAAUUUAAUGGACUAUACUUAGUUUAUUCUCCAUUAAGGAUAUCACCCUGUAGGUCAUCAUUUCGAAAUUAUGGAACGAAAAAAUACUGAUAGUGUACUCAUUGGAAUGACCUAUUAGAAUCUUGAAAGAAAUUACCAAUUGGUUUGAUCCAAUCCAAAGUUAUGAUGAUUGACGGUUCCAUACUGGAAAAAAUUUUUGCUUGAAAUGUGUGGGGUAGUUUGUAUGAAAAUUAUUGAUAUAAUCAUUGUAUAAUUGCUUUCUGGUCGAUGUAUCAUAUUAUUUUAUAUUAUCUACAAUUUUGUGACUUGAAUAUUUUUUUAAAGUACAGACAUUUUUAAAUU